AAAAAAAAUAAAAAUACCUGUCAUUCCAAUCGUUCGCUAAGUUCGCUUGUUUUCGUGGAAUAAUAGUUCUAAUUAACAUUUUAAACCUACUAUUCAGUGUUCUACUUAUUUACAACAAGAUGAUGGACUGUGUGGAAGAAACCAAUCACGACCCCCUCUCAGCCCCCACCAUGUCCGUACCAUUACCGACAGCUGGAGACACUAUUGUGGAGAAGAAAAAACCUAGUGAGAAUGUGUCGCUCGCUGAUAACAGCUUACUGGUGGACAUAUCAGAUGCCCUCAGCGAAAAGGAAAAAGUGAAGUUCACGGUCCACACCAAGACCACUCUGCCCGAGUUCCAGAAGUCAGAGUUCUUGGUGGUCCGGCAGCAUGAGGAGUUUGUGUGGCUGCACGACAGAUAUGAGGAGAAUGAGCAGUAUGCUGGUUACAUUAUACCGCCAGCGCCGCCGCGUCCAGACUUUGACGCGUCGCGCGAAAAACUGCAACGCCUCGGCGAGGGCGAGGGUGCCUUGACUCGGGAGGAGUUCCUCAAAAUGAAGGAAGAGUUGGAAGACGAAUACUUGGCCACAUUCAAGAAGACUGUCGCCAUGCACGAAGUAUUCCUGCAGCGGCUAGCCUCGCACCCCGUCUUUCGGAACGACUCGCACCUUCGCGUUUUCCUCGAGUACGAGAGAGACCUCUGUGCCAAGCCUAGAGCCAAGAUACACCUCAUCACGACAUUGGUCCGUUCAAUGACAACAACAACAGACGAGAUCUACCUCGGCGCUACAGUGCGAGACGUGAACGAUUUCUUUGAACAGGAGACCACGUUCCUUCAGGAGUAUUAUACGCAUUUGAAGGAGGCAGUCGCAAGAGUGGAUCGCAUGACUUCUAAACAUAAAGAGGUGGCCGAUGCCCACAUAAAGCUAUCAUCGUGCAUAACCCAACUAGCGACGAGAGAGCAGCCGCACACAGAGCGCUUCCUCACUCGCGCUGCUGACACCUUUGACAAGUGCCGGAAAAUUGAGGGUCGCAUGGCGUCCGACCAGGACCUGAAAUUAGCUGAUACUCUACGGUACUACAUGAGAGACGCUCACGCCGCCAAAGCUGUACUCGUCAGAAGACUGAGAUGUCUCGCCGCAUAUGAAGCCGCUAACAGGAACCUGGAAAAGGCCAGGGCUAAGAACAAGGACGUACACGCUGCCGAGCAAGCCCAGGCCGCGGCGUGCGCACGAUUCGAAGAAUUAUCUGCGCGUGCGCGGGAGGAACUCAUCGACUUUAGAGCGAGACGCGUCGCUGCCUUUAAGAAGAGUCUCAUAGAUCUGGCGGAGCUGGAGAUUAAGCAUGCGCGCGCGCAGCAGGAACUGUUCAGGAAAUCACUGCAAGUGCUUAAGGAGUGCCAGUAAUACAAAAGGAGUUAACUGGCUGCACUUUUACAACAUUCCUCUAAGCUAUAGAGAAAUAAGUAAGAAUAGAGUGCUAACUCCAUACAUCAGUUUACCAAAACGCGGGUUAUUUGACGUAGUCGACAUCUAGCGGCAAGUAGCGGAAUUAUCAGUACUGCCUGCUACUCGAUAAAGCGCUACGAAAAUUUUGGCAGUGAAUGUGUUAAGCAAUAUUUUUGGAAUGUCAGAACUAACAACUACCAAGAGCAAAGUUGAAGGGUACACGGAAAGAACAUGUCUAGUCACUUUUUUUCGAAAAUGAACCCUCAAUGAACUAUUAGUUACUUCUGUUACCGCUGCAAUUAUAAAUAUAACUCCUUUUUUUCUCACUUUAAAAACACUUAUACACGAAAUAGUUAUUUGUGCAACAAGAGAGGAAAGUUGUUUUUUCUUGCGAGUGUUUAUUUUGAGUCCCGAGAAAGCGAAAGAUUCUAUAAUUGAAUCACGAGCGAAGCGAGAGAUUCUAAGUUAGAAUCUUGAGCGCAGCGAGGGACUCAAAAACACGAGAUGUAAAAUUGCUCUCGUGUUGCACACAUAAUUUUUCACCUAAGUAGUGAGAACAUAUUAAAGGUUAAAAUGUAUUUCGAAUUACACAGAAUAAUUCAGAAAAAAACAAUGUAAUUAAAGUAUGGAGUGGCAGUUCAUGGACUUCACUAAAUUAAAAAGCUACUUUGUUUCACUUCCUGGAGUGAGGAAAGUCGCACUUUCUUCACUCCCUGGAGUGAGGAAAGUUGCACUUUUCUCACUCCAGGGAGUGACGAAAGUAGGCUUGUUCGAGCUGCUGAGGUGAAAAUUAUAUGGUUAAUUACCUACAUUGUUCCUUUCAAACCGCGAUAACUUAAAUUGUUGUCACAGUGACUAGACAUGUUCUUUCCGUGUACCCUUCAGUUAAUAGUUAACAUUAAAAGUAUUUCAGUCGUUAAGGGUUGCAGUUUUUAUAUUAUUUUGUGGACCAAAUGUUUUUACAAGCUUUCUUAAAUAUGUCAUAAAUGUACUGUUUAAUUGUUUUAUUUAAUGUUUUAUAAAUAAAUAUCUGCAAUGUGUUUAUUUUGGUCGAAAAUUUUAAGCAAAGUCACUUUAAUUAGGUAAGUGUUGGUUGGACUAAAUAGACCGAUCAAUAAGACGAGUGAUUUUAACAAUAAUUUCGCCUUUUAUUUGUUUUCCAUAUAGAUAACUUAAUGGAGUCUUAGCUCGAAGUAAUUUUCCAUAUAGAUAACUUAAUGGAGUCUAAGCUCGAAGUAAUUUUCCAUAUAGAUAACUUAAUGGAGUCUUAGCUCGAAGUAAUUUUCCAUAUAGAUAACUUAAUGGAGUCUUAGCUCGAAGUAAUUUUCCAUAUAGAUAACUUAAUGGAGUCUUAGCUCGAAGUAAUUUUCCAUAUAGAUAACUUAAUGGAGUCUUAGCUCGAAGUAAUUUUGACCACAUCGUUAUGAAACACUUGUUUUUAAUCAAAAUUUGUACCGCUAUUUUAUCUUAAGUGUAAAAAUGUAUCUCGUAUAUUGGUUAAAUUUAUUUUAUUGUAAGAAAAUAUAUGAAAUUAAAUGGAA